AAACAUGUUGCUUAUGCUUAAGGCGGAUGGUAGUUGGGACAACUCAUACCUUUUCUCUAACAAACGAUGUUUUGGCUUAAUAGUACCUGAGGGGACAUUAUAUAAUGACUUUACUUCUAUGGUUUAUUCAUGCAUUGAUGAAUCUGUUACCAAUACAAGGCUUAAGAUUCCAUACCUUGUAGAUGCAUGUCCACCUCCUAUGCUUGUUAAUGACGAUUCUAGCUUGGGAUUUUACUUGGUUUUAAAAAAAAUGACAGUGUCUAUGAUAAGUUUCCUUUGUGUAUUGAAUUGUUUAUUGUUAAUUCUUGUGUUAAUCAACCAAUGUCAUGUAGGGAUUCUGCAUUUGUUGUCAAUGUUUCUUCCAAGUCACUAACGAUUAAUGUCCUACAACAAGACAUGUCUGCCAAUUUUCUUUCAAUUGAUCUCAAUGUAGCUGCCUGCCAAUUUUCUUUCAAUUGAUCUCAAUGUAGCUGCCACUGCUUCACUUGAUCUCAAUGUUUCUACUGAUUUUAAUCAGUCCAUGACUUUGGAAGUUACACAUCCAUCUUCUAAUGAAGUCUCAGUUUCAGGUUGUCCUUUUGAUCUUUUAAAACGUGAUUUAAUAGUUUCUAGGAGUUCUGGUGAUACUUCAUCAAGUUAAGUUGUUAGUUAGGAUUCAAUGGUCAUUUGGAUUCAUUUUUCGUGGUUCCUGAUUUUGAAGUUAUUUCUCACUUCCAUCCAACUCAUAUAGCCAGAGAUGCCAUAUACAAAACUAAAAAGGCUUUAGAUUACCAUUUAAAGGGUUUUUGCCAUUUCAAACCAUUUUCAAUAUAAGAACAAAACGUCAACCAAGAAAGUAUUGCAUGUUAUUUGUGUUGAUGUUGAGAAAUGCAAGUGGGCUGUUCGUGGAGUGAAAUUGUCUGGAAGUAACAUGUUCCAAAUUAAAAGGUAUUUGUUUUAUGUGUUUGUAUUUUUUCUUUAUGGACUAGUUAUUGUCUACUUAUUGUCUAUUUAAUGUCAUUUAAUAUAUUGCAGGUUCGACUCUGAUCAUACAUGUUCCAUUGAUUUUAGGCAAGGUCGACAUCGUCAAGCCACAUCUGAUGUUAUUGUAGAGCUUAUUAAACACCGAUAUGCAGAUGCAUCUCGAAAAUCGUAUGCUCCUAUUGACAUUAUUGUGGACAUGAACAGAGAUUAUGGUGUGACGCUUCCUUACAAAAAAACAUGGAAUGCGAAUAAAAAGGCUCAAAAAAUUAAUGGGGUCAGAUUAUGGCGCAUGUUCUGGAACAAAAAAAAAUCAUGCUCAAAGAUCUCACUUAUUAUUGAUUAUCAUGAUCAUUUUAAGUAUUUCUUCAUGUCAUUGCACCCAUGAUUUGAAGGCUGGAAACAUUGUGUCCCAGUCAUUAUUAUUGAUGGUUCUUUCAUGAAGUGUUAUUAUAAAGGCACCUUAUUAACUGCAUGCGCUCAGGACGCUAAUGACCAUAUAUUCCCG